ACGUAGUUUUGUCGCGACGCAGCUGCUACACGUGUGUCUGAUCCAGUUUGUUCAGCUAUCAGCUGUUGUCAGUCCGCUGUGAUGGAGGAGCGCAGCCGCUUGUGUUCCGUGUGGCUCGGUUCUGAGACCGGGAUCCUGAAGGGGGUCAGUCUGGACCGGAAGCAGGCCUUUAACUUCUGCAACACGCGCUCUCUGAGCCGCGAGCAGGAGAUCCGCGCGCUGUGCUGGGGGGACUCCGCCGAGAGCGAGCUACUGGUCGGCUGUUUGGACGGAACCGUCCGAACCUUCAGUACCGAGAAAGGCGUCUUCACAGAGGCCCGGAGCUUCGGAGACCCGCAGGACGGCGGCUACUGCGGGCUGGCCUCGCUGCGGGGCUCCGCCAUCAUCACCUGCGUGGAGUGCGGGAAGCUGCGGGUGUGGAGGGAGGACAGCAGCGGGCCGGUGGCCGAGCUGGACGCGGGCAGGAACGUGUGCAGGAUGAGGCAGAGCCCAGCGGACCCGAACAGGGUGGCUACGGGGGGUAAAGAGAACGGCCUGAAGAUCUGGGACCUGGAGCGGCCUGAAAAACCGCUGUUCACCGCAAAGAACCUGCGGGACGACUGGCUGGCCCUGCGGAGGCCGCACUGGGUCCGAGACAUGGGCUUCAUCCCGGACUCCGACAAGGUGGUCACCUGCACAGGGUACCAUCAGGUUCACGUGUUUGACCCUUCGACCCCUCAGCGGCGUCCCGUCCUGGAGGCCGAGUUCGGGGAGUAUCCGCUCACGGCUCUGUCUCUGACCGCCGCGGGGAACGCCGUGGUGGUGGGAAACACCCACGGUCAGAUCGCCGUGCUGGACCUGAGGAAGGGGCUGGUCCGCGGCUGUCUGAAGGGGCUGUCGGGCGGCGUGCGGGCCCUGCAGUGCCACGCCUCCCAGCCCCUGGUGGCGUCCUGCGGCCUGGACCGCUUCCUCCGCAUCCACAGCCUGGAGGACCGAACGCUGCAGCACAAAGUCUACCUGAAGUCCCGACUGAACUGCCUCCUGCUGGCCAGCAGGGCGCUGCAGAAGGAGGCGGUGGGGGGGCCUGCAGAGGGAGGGGCUGAGCAGGAGGUGAAGGAGGAGGAGGAUGAGGUGUGGGACAGCAUGGAGCAGGUGGAGGAGGGGGCGACGAAGAGGAAAACACCUGGAGGAGAUGAGGUGAAGAAAAAGAAGAAGAAUAAAGGAGGAGACUGAGAGGUGUUCAAGGUGUGAGAAGAGCGUGGGAGAUAUCAGCGUCUGCAGACUGGAACAGAUUUAAAGCUGUUGAACUGAUCAAAAGACUUUAUUAAACCUAAAAACACCUGAAGACCUUAUCGGGUCGGUUCUGAUGGAUUUUUCUUCAGGUUACGCAUCUUUUACAGUUUAUUUUUCUAACUGUAGUUAAAUAAA